GCCGCGCGGUCCGGGAACUUUCCCGGGGGUCGGCGGACGCUCGGCCGGGCCAUGGAGGAGGGGGCUAGCGCCGCGCCCCCGCUCUGGAACUGGGACUACCUGGAGCGCUGCUUCGCCCGCCGCCGCGUCUGCAUCUCCUUCGGCCUGUGGAUCUGCGCCGCCUGCUGCUGGAUCGCUGCCCACACGCUGAUUCUCUACCUGAGAUGCACAAAGAAGUGUGUCAAAGACCAGUCAACACUGUACGCUGCAUUCUGCCUCCUGACGAGUCUGUGUGACACUGUGGGGGCGAUUCUGGCCAGACAGCUCACGAUCCAGGUGUUCACUGGGGCCUACCUAGCAGUUGUAGACUUCAUGAACUUCAUGUUUAUUCUGUUUCCUGUCUGUGGAUCCAAAUCGAAGUCGAAGUCCGGUCAGAGCAGCAGGGAGAGGAGGAGAAGAAGGCAUCUUAGAGUCAGUGUGUUUGCCCUGGUUCUGCCACUGAGCCUGGGUCCAGGCUGGGCAAUCUGGACUACUAUCCCCAAGGCUUCAGCCCCAGUCCGAGGGCCACAACGGAGGCUUCUAGGAAGCCUUCUUCAGGAAAACCCAGAAGUCUUCGGCUACCUGCUGGGUGCCAUCGCUGCCUUUGGCUCCUGGGCAUCCCGGAUCCCUCCAUUCUCCAAUAUCUGUCGGGGGAAGUCACUCUCCUAUAUCCACCUGUGGACGCGGUUCCUGUCAGCUCUGGCUGGUCUCCUCUACGCCUCAGCCAUUGUGGCCCAUGACCGGCAGCCUGAAUACCUCCUUCAGGCCACACCCUGGUUCCUGAUUUCACUGGGCCGAGCAGCACUGGACCUUGCUAUCAUCUUUCUGUCCUGCGUGAUAAAGAGCAGGAUGAGCCGAGCCUUCGGAUUUGCUACUUCGGAAGCCAGAGAGAGUGCUGACACACAAGCCCUUUUGACCUGUGCAGAGAAGGAAGAAGAAAACCAGGAGGCCAGGACUGAGGACAAGAACUCAGAUUGGGUGCCUCUGACCAGCCUGUCACACUGCAAGCCCCUAAGGACAAUGACAGCAAUCAGUCGCUAUAUGGAGCUGACCAUUGAGCCUGCACAGCAAGCAGGCAGUAGCGCCACCAGGCUACCCGGUGACGGACAGAUGAGCACUGGAGAUGCCUCCCUGCAGGAGCCUCCCUCAUACCCUCCCAUUCAGGUCAUCCAGGCCAGAGUGGCUUCCAGCAGCUCCUCCGAGGUCUCUUCCAUCAACUCCGACCUGGAGCAGAAGUAUUGGGAAGCCCUAAACUCGGAGCAGUGGGACCCUGAAGAUGUCAACCUUGAAAGGAAAAAGGACCCAGAACUCCUUAGAUCCCAGGCUCACAGGGCCUCUUUGAGCCCAGUGGACUUGACCUCUGAUGACUAACAUCUUCAGGAGCCAGGUCAUCAGCUCGGGACUCAAAGUCAGGCAUCUGUCAGUAACUAGAUGGGGACCAACCUAUGAUGCCACCCAUGUCAGGGAUGGAAGCUGCUACGGACGCUUCCCAGGGAGUGAGGGGCCCUGAGCUGUCAUUUAGCUUGGUUACUCUACACCACAGCUCAGCAUGGAGCCGUGGACCCUGUGGACAGAUGUGCACAUGCCCCG